UGCUUUCCUUGGCUGUCGUGUGUGGGCUGGGGUUGGUGCGGGCUGCACUUGGUCCGCAGUUCUGCGCCGGGGGCUUUUGUGUCCGCCUUUUGCUUUGCUUUCUGUGCGCGUUUUUGUUUUGUUUUUUCUUUCCUCCGCGCGCUGCUCCCCAGCGGAAGCCGUGAGGCUCGGAGGCAGGAGCCCUCACCCCAGGCGAGGAGCGAGCGCGCAGCGUGAGCACCAGAGUGACGGCUGCGGGGAAGGGGGUUCGCCGCCGAGAUGCCGGAGUUCCUGGAAGACCCCUCGGUCCUGACGAAGGAGAAGUUGAAGAGUGAGUUGGUGGCCAACAAUGUGACGCUCCCGGCGGGGGAGCAGCGCAAAGACGUGUACGUGCAGCUCUACCUGCAGCACCUCACGGCGCGCAACCGGCCGCCGCUCGCCGCCGGCGCCAACAGCAAAGGGCCCCCGGACUUCUCCAGCGACGAGGAGCGCGAGCCCACCCCGGUCCUCGCCGCCGCGGGCCGCGGCCGCGCCGCCGUCGGCAGGAAAGCCACAAAGAAAACUGAUAAACCCAGACUAGAAGAUAAAGAUGACUUAGAUGUAACUGAACUCACUAAUGAAGAUCUUCUGGAUCAGCUUGUAAAGUAUGGGGUGAAUCCUGGCCCUAUUGUGGGAACAACCAGGAAGCUAUAUGAGAAAAAGCUGUUGAAAUUGAGGGAACAAGGAACAGACUCAAGAUCUUCUACUCCUUUCCCAACAAUUUCUUCUUCAGCAGAAAAUACAAGACAGAAUGGAAGUAAUGAUUCUGACAGAUACAGUGACAAUGAAGAAGGAAAGAAGAAAGAACACAAGAAAGUGAAGUCCACUAGGGAUUUUGUUCCUUUUUCUGAACUUCCAACUACUCCCUCUGGUGGAUUUUUUCAGGACUCUAAAAUAGAGCUCAAGCUUGAGAAGAGAGAACCACUAAAGGGCAGAGCAAAGACUCCAGUAACACUCAAGCAAAGAAGAGUUGAGCACAAUCAGAGCUAUUCUCAAGCUGGAAUAACUGAGACUGAAUGGACAAGUGGAUCUUCCAAAGGCGGACCUCUGCAGGCAUUAACUAGGGAAUCCACAAGAGGGUCGAGAAGAACUCCGAGGAAAAGGGUGGAUACUUCAGAACAUUUUCGUAUAGAUGGUGCAAUAAUUUCAGAGAGUACUCCCAUAGCUGAAACUAUAAUGGCUUCAAGCAACGAAACCUUAGUUGUCAAUAGGGUGACUGGAAAUUUCAAGCAUGCAGCUCCUAUUCUGCCAAUCACUGAAUUCUCAGACAUACCCAGAAGAACACCAAAGAAACCAUUGACAAGAGCUGAAGUGGGAGAAAAAACAGAGGAAAGAAGAAUAGAAAGGGAUAUUCUUAAGGAAAUGUUUCCCUUUGAAGCAUCUACACCAACAGGAAUUAGUGCUAGUUGUCGCAGACCAAUCAAAGGGGCUGCAGGGCGGCCAUUAGAAUUCAGUGAUUUCAGGAUGGAGGAAUCUUUUUCAUCGAAAUAUAUUCCUAAGUAUAUUCCUUUGGCAGAUGUCAAGCCAGAAAAGACAAAAAAGGGACACUCCAUUCCCAUGUGGAUAAAAAUUUUGCUGUUUGUUGUUGUGGCCAUUUUUUUGUUUUUGGUCUAUCAAGCUAUGGAAACCAACCAAGUCAAUCCAUUCUCUGGUUCUUACCUUGGCAACUCUAAACGUGUCAACUGAAUGAUAUCUCUUUGGCACACUCAACUUGGUCUCCUAUUUUUAAUAACUGUAUAAAAAAAUUUGUGUACACUUUUGACGCAAGAGCUAAAUAUAAUGUGAUUCACCUCAAAUGUAGUAUUCCAUUGAAAAGUAAGCGAUAUAUAAAUGGACUUCAUUUAAAUGUUUUGGACUUUGGACUAGCAGGAGAUCACUUCGUGCCAUACAAAUAAUCUUUUUUAGCUCUGGAACUUUUUUGUAGACUUUAUUUUUUUAAUGUGGGCAUCUUAUUUCAUUUUUGAGAAAAAUGUAUAUUGUUUCUGUGUUUCAAGAAGGGCAAAAUGUAUAAUGUGAAGCUACACAUUUAAAUACUUUGAAUUCUUACAGAAAAGAUUUAAGAAUUAUUCUCUGCUGAAUAAAAACUUUAGAGAUAUGUGAAACAUGAAAUUUGGUAAGAGAAAAAGUAACUUGGAGUUGUACUUUUUGUAACAGCAACAAAGUUUAAUGGUGUUUAUGGGGAAAAGUACGGCAAUAAUCUCUUCAGUAACUUUUUAUUACUAGUAAUGCUAUUAGUGUAGGUAGCCCUGUUGUACUCACUUUUUAAAAAAUUUCUAGUAUCAUGAAUGUCCUACUUUGGUAAGACCCAUUUAAAUACAGUUGAAUUUUAGCAGUAAUCUUUUAGUGCUAAAGAUUCCUAUAUGUAUAUGUUUUAGAAAACUGUUAACUGGCUAUCCAUGUUUUUAAAAGCUGUUUAGCUAGCUAGAAGGCUAUAAUUGGGAACCUGUAUUUUUUAUUUUACAGCUAAAAAUAUUGUCAAUCCAGUUUGCUACCAAAUAUUUUUUAGAUAAAUAGGUGUGUGUCUAUUUAGAAAUUAGAAACUUUACACACUGGUCUUUGUUUCCAUUUGAAUUCCUUAUUGCAUUGUCUUCUGUUACUAAAAACAAAUUUUGCCAAGUUUUUUUUGCCCUGUUUCCCAACAUAAUUUGACUUUAAAAUGCAGAAAGUAUUAGCUUUUAAAUUACAUAAACUUUUCUUGGAUACACAGUAGUUACAUAAAUUUGUGAACUCUGAAUAUGAGGUGGGCAUUAUGAUUUUUGUGUACUCUUGAAGUGGUUAACUUUAUCUUGUGGUUGAUGUAUUUUUUUUAGCUAAAACUUACCUCAUGUAUAACUUGGUUAAUUAAUUGAAAUUUCAACAGAAUCAAGGAAAACAAAAAUUUUAAACUUACUCAUUUGAGUUACUAAUUUUACAGUCUUUGCCAUAAGCACACUAAAAAUGUAAGUUAUUUUUAAAUGCCAUCUGAAAUAAAAAGAUACUUUUGCAAAAGGGAAAAUGCUGAAGGUGUAUAUUUAGACCAGCAAACAAUUUUUAUUUGAAUUAGCCCAUUUCUGAUAUUUAGCUUUUAGAUAUUUUGUAGACAUUUUUCACUUGGCAGUUUAUCAGAAAUGUUUAUAGGCCUGAGGGAGUAAGAAACAUAUAGGUCAGAAAUGCUUGCCUCUUUGAGUAAAAGUGUUUCUUUGAGAUGAGCCACACAGGGGGCACAUUUUACUCAACUUUCCUGCGUAAGGUAAUAGCAGUCUACUUUCACUUUCUUUGUUUUUAAACUUUGUUUCCCAUUUUGUUUUCGAUCUUUUGUUUAUAAUUAGAAAUUGUGAGAAGCUGCAUUUACUGUUUAAAAAUGUGGGAUGAUAAAUCAGACUUAAUAUGUAUGUAAGAUCAAUUUUCUAAUAGGAAAGAUGUGGUCCAAAAUAGCAAAAGUAGGACCAGAUAAAAGUCUCCCCAUCCCCCCACCCCCCCAUGUGUAUUUGGUCUUUUGUGUGUGUCUGUUUUACUCGACUAGAAUUAAUGUGUCCUUGAUGUAAACGCAAAGCAUUUCUUCCCAAUUAAACUGUAGAUGUAGACUUUACAAUAUAAUUCAACAAUAAAAAAAUAGUUAAUCUCUA